GUUCGCUGGUGUGCACUCGCCUGCUCCGUGACAUAAAACAGUCCAUCUGUCUUCAGCAGCUCUCAGAGGCGAGGAACACGAUGAAACACCGCAGAGUUCUUCACAUGUUCUUGCUGCUGCUGCUGCUCUGCGAGCUGACUGGCGCUCAAGAGAAAGACUUCAAAGUGAAGGUGACCACUGUACAAGAGGGGUACAAGAUCACGUGCGGCACGGACAGUAACGUGACAAUGUCAAAUGGUGGAAUUGAAGUUGUUAAGCCACUGAAGUUCAAAGAUGAGAACAGCAUGGAGUACAAGUGUGUCUCAAAGGAUCCGGUCGGAGAAGCAAGUAUUUUUGUGAAAUUCCGAACCUGUGACAACUGUGUCGAGCUGAACAUGACCACCAUCUCAGGUCUACUCGUCGGAAAUCUUGUCGCCACUAUUGCGAUUGGAGUCUCUGUUUAUCUGGUGGCGUCGAAGGGUCAGUUUGGGACAAGCAGGUCUUCCAAGAGAGGAUCCGAUCAGCAAAAUCUCGCGAAAGGUGGGAGGGGCCCAAAUGAUGUCUACGAACGACUGCAGCGCAGCACUCAGGACACGUAUGAUCAACUUGACCGGAGACGCAAGCCUGAUGCUGCAUACCAGUGAAAAUGGCCUCCACUCACUCAGCGACGCUCGCCUGAAAAUGAAAGCAUUUUCUAGCGUGUUCUGAUUUCCUUGCCAUUUCUAAAAGUCCUUUUUUAUCCUUCAUGCACACAUCUUUUUUCUUUCAUUUGUUGUUCGGGUUUAACUCUUUUAUUUCAUUGCCACAUUUCUUCUAUUAUAAUGGUGGAUACAAUACAAAUAUAACUCUGUUGCUGUGUGGUUGUUUCCUUGUGUGGAAUGGUUAGUUGUACAAUAAUAAAGGGAAAAACAGAGAGAAGGGGAGCAUUCAUAUGCUGUUUCAUCACAUUAAAAUGAACAAGACAAGUAUAUUUGGAAGCCAAAAAGAGCAGUUCUUUGCAUAUAACGUUUGAAGAACAAAGAAUAAAAUCGAAAGAAAUAGAAAUAAAAAGCACAUUGGCAGUAAUAUCAAUGAAACAUUGCAAUCCUGGGCAUCC